AUAGAAACAAACACUGGUUAACUUCAUGCCAUUCUAUUACUAAUGUUUCGUCGUAGGUUUAAAAGCAACAAUGUUAUGAAAUUGAAGUUAGUUGAAAAUAUAUCCAUUUCAGUAAAGACGUGUGUUUUCUUGCACCUUAAAUUGAUAUUGAAAAGUGAACCUUAACACCUUAACAUAUGGCCGUAAUCGAGCCGGAUUAUUAGUUUAUUACCGCUUCAUCGACCCGUUUCGCGAGAACAAUAGAACCGCAUCGAACAAAAAUAGCACAUCGCCGAGUGGUAUUCUUAUAAAGAUUUACAAAUUUAAUGAUCUUUAUUCACUAAGCAAUUAGUACUAAGAUUGCUUAAAUUAGUAAUUGGAAGAUUAUUGAAAAAAUAUGGCUACGUCUUUGGAACAAAUUAUCAGUGUACUUGAAGAUACAGGAAAUCUAUUUAAAAAAUCGCAAAUAAAUCUUAAAAAAUGCCCGAAAUCACGAUUAACAAAAGGAUACAUCGAGUCGCGGUUAAAGUGCAUAGAAGAUUAUUGGAAAACUUUCAAAAAAUCACAUGAAGAAUUAUUACGCAUUACGACUAAAGAACAACGCGGCAUACUACCAUACUUCGUGAAUGAAGAAUACUAUGUACAUGAAGAUAUUUAUUUGUGCUUGGAAGCGGACCUUAAGGAUAUGUUAUCUGCUUUACCAGUGUCACGAUUAGCUGAAAAAAGUGUGCAGGGUACCCUGGAUGUGCAAGUGAAGCUACCCAAAAUCCAAAUUCCCUUGUUCACAGGAUGUUACGAAUCGUGGCCCGCCUACCAGGAUUUAUUUAUUUCUUUAGUACAUAACAAUACAUCGCUUAGUAGUGUACAAAAAUUACAUUAUUUGAAAACAAGUAUUGGUGGUGAAGCAGAGAAUUUAUUAAAACAUAUACAAGUGACGGAAAAUAACUACCUACAAGCUUGGAAUACACUGAAAGAAAGGUAUGGUAACAAACGACUAAUAGUUAACUCUCUUUUAAAACGACUAUUUGCACAAAAGAAAAUUAUGAAUCAGUCAGCUAAUUCAAUUAAAGCAUUGUUGGAUACAACGUCUGAAUGCAUAAAUAACUUACAGAAUUUGAAUAUUUCCACCGAUUCUUGGGAUCCCAUAAUCAUAUUUCUGGUCGUGCAGAAGUUGGACCCAGAGUCACAUAAACAAUGGGAGGCGUAUUCUUAUAAAGAAAAUUCAGAUGAACUACCCUCAUGGACUGACUUGAAGAAAUUCUUAGAAUCUCAAUUCCGUACAUUAGAAUUAGUUACACCAUUAUCAUGCACUAGAGAGCGAACUAUUAGAGAAAGAUCAUACCACGUGACAACUCCAAAUAAAACUUGUAACAUGUGCAAGAAUAACCACGCCUUAUGUCAUUGCAAGGAGUUUACAAAAUUGUCCCCCCUGGAACGUAAGGAAUUUGCCAAGAACAAUAAUCUUUGUUACAACUGUCUAGUACCAGGACACUCGGUGUUGAAAUGCCGUACACCAGUUUCCUGUCAUGUAUGUCACAAGCGCCACCAUUCUCUUCUACAUUUACAGAAGAAACCGGACACGUCGGGUCAAAUAGGUACCAUACAACCGAGUGUGUCACCAUCCCCAUGCAAUGUAGAAGAGCAAGAGGAGAUAAGAGUCAAUACAAUGGUAGCGUCUAAUUGCAAUACUAGGCAGAAGAUAGCACUAUUAGCGACCGCAAUGGUGAUAGUAAGAAGUGAACGCGAUCACACCACUGUCUUAAGGGCGCUAAUAGAUCCAGGGUCGGAAUCAUCGUUUAUAAGUGAAAAAGCAACUCAGUUACUUCAACUCACUAGAACAACAGCAAAAAGAAGUAUUAUCGGAAUGGGAUCUAUGAAAACGAAUGUAAACCAAGUAGUUCAGUUCAAAGUAGUUUCAAGAUACAAGUCGGAUUAUAGCAUACAAGUAGAAGCAUACGUCGUGUCUCAACAACUGACUGCUAAGAUACCCAAAAAAUCACUUGCUGUUCAUAAUUGGCCACACCUAGAAGGAUUACACAUAGCUGAUCCAAGUUAUUGUACUCCAGGCUCCAUAGAUCUUCUUCUUGGUGUCAAAGAAUAUGCUAAAAUAUUACAAUCUGAUUUAAUCAAAGGUCCACCUGGCUCACCAUGUGCAUUAAAAACAGGUCUUGGUUGGAUUUUAUUUGGUGAGGUACAUUCUGGUGAAAAUUGUACUCAAGAAUCAAACUUUAUUUUUACACAUCAUGCAGUAGAUGUAGACGAAAUGCUGAAAGUCAUAUGGGAGGUAGAUAUGGAUACUAAAAGAAAAUUUACUAAAGAAGAGAGGCUGUGUGAAGACAUCUACGAAAAAACAUAUAAAAGAAAUGAUAAAGGACGAUACAUAGUGAAGCUACCAUUUAAGACAGAGAAUCCAGUUUCACCGGACGGAAAUACAAGAGAAAUAGCAUUGAAUAGGUUUUUACAAUUAGAGAAAAGAUUCAACAAACAACCACAAUUAAAAGAAAAAUACACACAAGUGAUAGAAGAAUACAAAAAUAUGAAACAUAUAGAAGAAGUACCAGAAGAAGAAAUACAUUCGAAAAGAUCAAUUUACAUACCACACCUUGCAGUCAUUCGUGAAGGAAAGGAGACUACUAGCACGCGUGUCGUUUUUGAUGCUUCAUGCAAAGGUUCAAACGGCAUCUCACUGAACGACGAGCUCUUAUUAGGACCAGUACUACAGGGUGAUCUUAGAAGUCUGUUGAUGAGAUGGCGAAUGCAUGCUGUUUGUUUCGUAUCUGAUAUUGAAAAAAUGUACCGAAUGAUUUUGAUAGCAAAAGAAGACAAAGACUUUCAAAGAGUUUUAUGGAGAGAUAAUCCUGAUGAACCUAUAAAAGACUACCGUUUGCUCACAGUAACAUUUGGGACGGCGUCAGCUCCUUAUCUUGCUAUCAAAACUCUCGUACAGCUAUCUAUUGACGAAGGUGAAAACUAUCCAAUUGCUACCAGGAUAAUUCAAGAGGAUUUCUACGUGGAUGAUGUUCUAUCGGGUUGUGAUAAUGUUGAAAAUGCUAUCGCAGCUGCCAAGGAGUUAAAAUAUUUAUUACAACAAGGUGGUUUUCAACUAAAGAAAUGGUCAUCUAAUAAUGCAGAAUUCAUGAGAUCUAUCAAACCAAGCGAAAGAUCCUCUAAUGUACACUUAGAUCUCAAUAUCGAUGGUACUACAAAGGCAUUAGGAAUCGCAUGGAACUUGAGAACUGAUAAAUUUAAAUACAAUUCGAGUACACAUAGCGAGUCAAUGAAUAUCACCAAACGUAGUAUUCUGUCAGAUAUUCAGAAACUCUAUGAUCCUUUAGGAUGGAUAGCACCAUUGUUGGUAAUGACAAAGAUAUUUAUACAACGACUUUGGAUGGAAAAGUACAGUUGGGAUGAAGAGAUAAGUCAAUCACUAAUAGACGAAUGGAGGACAAUAAAACGUGAUUUUAAGAACGUAAAUGGCAUACGUAUAGACAGAUGGUUACAUACAUUCAACAAAGAGAAAGAAUCUAUUGAAAUACAUGGUUUCAGUGACGCUUCAAUGCAAGCUUAUGCAGCCGUGGUAUAUUGUCGUGUUGUAAAUUCUGAUGGAACCAUAACAACCACACUUGUUGCUGCACAAACUAGAGUAGCCCCAUUGAAAACAAUAUCACUACCACGUUUAGAGCUUUGUGGCGCUGUCUUACUUUCAAGAUUGCUCAAACAAAUAACACAAGCAAUGAAAUUAUCUAUGUCCCAAGUGUUUACGUGGACUGAUUCCACUAUUGUCAUAUCUUGGCUACUUGGAGAACCCAGUAAAUGGAAACCCUUCGUUGCUAAUAGGGUGGUAGAAAUAAUAGAUAAUACCAACAACAGACAAUGGUACUAUGUGAAGUCACAAGACAACCCUGCUGACAUAGCGUCCAGAGGUAUGUAUCUUAAAGAUUUGCAAAAUUCGAACUUGUGGUGGAAGGGACCGAAAUGGUUGUCUGAACAUAAGAUAGAUUUUCAUAAGCCAAGUUGUAUACAAACAGAUGAGGAAAUGAAAAAGGUUAUACACGUAAACUUAAAUAUAAAUAAUAAGGAAGAAGAAAAAGAAAAUCAUAUAUAUACACAAUUUGAAAAUUAUAAUACAUUAACAGAAUUAUUAAAAGUAAUAACAUUUUGUAAAAGAUUUCUAAAGUUUAGAUUGUUGGCAGAAAAUAUAAACAAUACUAUUACAACACAAGAAUUAGAGGAUUCAUUACGUAUAUGUAUACAAAUAAGUCAAAAAAUAGAUUUUGAAGAUGAAAUAGAAGCAUUAGAAAAGAAGAAAUCAAUAAAAAGAACCAGCAAUCUAAAAUCGUUAAAUCCAUACUUAGAUGAACAACGUAUUCUCAGGGUGGGCGGAAGGCUCAGACACGCUAAUAUCGAUGAAGAGAGUAAACAUCCAAUCAUAUUAAAUCAUAAAAACAGAUUUACAUAUUUAAUUGUCGCUGAUGCCCAUCGUAGAACUUUACAUGGAGGUAUACAAGUUAUGUUGACGUAUUUAACUUCUAAGUACUGGAUAGUAAGAGGGAAGGGUAUGAUUAAGGGAUACAUAAAUAAAUGUUUGAUCUGUGCGAGACAUAAAGUUGCUGUUAGAACCCAGAUCAUGGGAGAUUUACCUAAAGCACGUGUGACACCCUCUCGACCAUUCUUGCAGAGCGGAGUUGAUUUUACUGGUCCAUUUCAAAUUUUGAUAUCGAAGGGCAGAGGUAUGAAAACAAAUAAAGCUUAUAUUGCUAUAUUUGUAUGUAUGGCUACUAAAGCCAUUCAUCUGGAAUUGGUUGGAGAUAUGACGUCAGAGGCAUUCAUUGGUGCAUUUAAACGGUUUACUGCCAGAAGAGGCAAGUGCUCCCAUUUAUGGAGUGAUCAAGGGAGAAACUUUAUAGGAGCAAAUAAGGAGUUAGUAACUGCCUGGAAGGAUGCUUGUUUGGAAUUUAAAGGGGAAAUUGCUGAAUCUUUGGCGUGCGAUGGCACUCAAUGGCAUUUCAUCCCUGCUUAUAGCCCAAAUUUCGGAGGUUUAUGGGAAGCGGGCGUGAAAUCAAUUAAGUACCAUUUAAAAAGAAUAUUAACCAAUCACUUGACUUUUGAGGAAAUGACUACCAUUCUUUGUGAAAUAGAGGCGUGCCUAAAUUCUAGACCGCUCUGUCCGAUUGAUGACUCAGGUGACAUAAUUCAACCCUUAACACCGGGACAUUUCCUGAUAGGCGAAGCACCUAUUGUCAUUCCCAAUCCAGAUUUACAGCAUGUUAAAGUUAGUAACAUAUCCCGCUGGCAACAUACACAAAAAUUACUAAGAGAUUUUUGGAAUCGGUGGCAGAAAGAAUAUUUGUCUAGACUUCAACAAAGACCAAAGUGGCUUAAAAAAGAAAAGGAAUUUGCUAUCGGACAAAUAGUUCUUAUUAAAAAUGACCUACUACCGCCUGGUAAAUGGGCUCUAGGACGAGUGCUCGAAAAACACCCUGGAGAUGAUGGAGUUACUAGAGUUUACAGUGUGAAAAGUGGUAACAGUGUUGUAAAAAGAUCUAUUAGCAAACUGUGUUAUUUACCUGUGGACAUUGAAACUGAUUCUAAAUAAUGAACUUGUAUGUAGUUGUUAAUAUUUUAUAAAUUAAUUUAUAUACUACAAUAUUUUGUUACCUUUUAUAUUUGUUAUAUAUGUGCAUGAGAUAUAUUGUUAUUUGAUUAAAUUCUCGUUUAAAAAGACUUACAGUCAUUUUGGUGGGCGGCAUGUUAACGUAAUUUACUUAUAAUGUCAACAAUAGAAACAAACACUGGUUAACUUCAUGCCAUUCUAUUACUAAUGUUUCGUCGUAGGUUUAAAAGCAACAAUGUUAUGAAAUUGAAGUUAGUUGAAAAUAUAUCCAUUUCAGUAAA